AUGAAUCAAACUGCAGAAGUGUUAAUGCAGGAAUCUGGGUGCCGUUUAGAACAUCCUGCUGCCACUCAAUUUCGCCAUCAUGUAAUGGAUGGUGAAUGGCACAAAGUUAAUGCAGAUUUAAAUGAACUUCAAGCUUUAGUAGGCAAUUCAUGCCAAUAUUUUUCAGACAUGAAAUUUUUGAUAUGUGAACAAAAGUAUUUGGAAUAUUUAGAGGAUGGUAAAGUUUUGGAUGCAUUACAUGUGUUGCGUAAUGAGUUGACACCUUUGCAACACAAUAUUGACAAAGUUCAUAUUCUUAGCAGCUAUAUGAUGUGUAGUGGACGAGAUGAAUUAAUGAAACGAGCAAAUUGGGAAGGAAAAGGACAUAAAUCUAGAACUCUACUCAUGGAUAUGAUUCAACAAUUUUUGCCUCCACAUAUUAUGMUACCACCCAAAAG